AAAGAGGUGGAGGAAUCUAGAGAGAGUAAGAGGUUAAGUGAAAGCCCUCCCAAUGACGAUUGCUGCCUAAUUUACUUUGGCUCCUUCACUGUUCCUUGUCGAUCCAAUUGCGGUCAUUGGUAUUCAGGCAGUUUUAUUCUGUAAUUCUGGAACUAUUCCUCAGUAUCUAAGCCAUGCAAGUGUCCCAUGUGUACUUGCAAGAUUGUUAAUUUGAUGCCAGAGGCAUCAUUGCAACAACAACAGGACCAGGAAGUUACUGAACUGCUUAAAAGUGUACAGAGGUAUAACCUUCUCUUUGUUGGAGGUGUGCGUGGAUUUGUUCAGGAAUUGCACAAGUUACCAUUCUUUAUCAAGAGAAUGUUCCAGGGAUUGAUGGAUUCUGAUGCAAAUGAUACAUAUAUUGCUAAGAUGCGCCUUUUUGCAAUGGUGCUAAGUUUCAUCUACAGAGCUACACCAUUUGAUUUUGUUCCAGCAGGUAGAUGA